UAUUUACUAAUAUAAUAAUGAAUAUCUUAAAUCAUAAUUUUCUUAGGCAGUCGUUAAGGCCACAAUUUAUUAAAUGUAGGAGCAAAAGUAGUUUUGAUUAUUGCGUUGAAUCUGUAAGAAAUAAUGACUAUGAAAAUUUUGUGUGCACUUUAUUACUUAAAAAUACUAGUCGUGCAAUUGCUAUGGCAGUGAGGGGCUUCAAUAUUGAAGUUAGUCGAGUAGCAGAGCAAACUAGUCAACCAAGUAUUGGUUUAAUGAGGCUGAAGUUCUGGGAGGAUACUAUAGAUAAAUGUUAUCAAAAAGACAUAAAGAAUGUACCACAACAUCCAAUUGCUAUUGAAUUAUUUAAAGCAGUUCACAAUAGGAAGCUAACAAAAAGAUAUUUCAAUAACUUAGUGAAGAGUAGAGUUGAUAACGUAAAUAAUAGGAUCUUUAAAACAAUUGAUGAAAUGGAGAAGUAUUCAGAACAAACAGUAUCAAAUAUUUAUUACUUAAUACUAGAGGGAAAUGGUGUAAGAAACGUCCAUGCUGAUCAUGCAGCUUCGCAUAUUGGUAAAGCGCAAGGAAUAGUGCAGCAAUUGAGGAGCAUUCCUAUUGCAAGGAAAAUCAAUUUCAUAGCAAUUCCACAGGAUGUAUUAACUAAACACAAUGUGAGCCAUGAGGAUAUUCUAAGGAGUAAAGCAAGUGAGGCUUUAAAUGAAUGCACAUUUGAAGUGGCAAGCAGAGCGCAUCAACAUUUAGUGAAGGCAAGAAAUCUACUUAAAGAUGUACCAAUUGAAGGUAGAUCUACAUUAUUGCCAGCAACUGCAGUUGAGAAUUAUCUGAAUAGACUGCAAAACGUUCAACAUAAUCCAUUACAUGCUAGUUUACAGCACAGGGCUUGGAUAUGGUUGCCUAAAUUGUAUUACAAAUCGUUGAAAAAUGAAUAUUAAACAAAUAAUAUAU